UGUCUUUAUAUGCAAGACCGACAAUCUCCCUGAUCCCUCCUUUUCUUUUUCUUUAAAGGGUCUAACGUUUGAGGGCGGGAGGAACUGUUGACUAGAUUUAGAGAUGAUAGCCUCAUUCAAAACACGCGUGUGCUUUCGGGUGGCACGGGUACAGGUUUGUGCAAGGAACCCGUGUGCUGCCUGUGCCAGACAACAGUUUGAAUCAAGACCUUGUCCUUUGAGCCUCUGUGAGCCAGCAGAGGAGGUUUGCAGCAGGAGCAAGAGGAUGGACGGCGACAGUGCCACAACGGACACUUCCCAGCUGGGCAUCUCUGCGGACUACAUCGGAGGAGGCCACUACGUGAUACAGCCCCACGACGAUACAGAGGACAGCAUGAAUGACCAUGAAGACACAAAUGGUUCAAAAGAAAGUUUCAGAGAACAAGAUAUAUAUCUUCCCAUUGCAAACGUAGCGAGGAUAAUGAAAAACGCCAUACCUCAGACGGGAAAGAUUGCAAAAGAUGCCAAAGAAUGUGUUCAAGAAUGUGUAAGUGAGUUCAUCAGCUUUAUAACAUCGGAAGCGAGUGAGAGAUGCCAUCAAGAGAAACGGAAGACAAUCAACGGAGAGGACAUUCUCUUUGCCAUGUCUACCUUAGGCUUCGACAGUUACGUAGAACCUCUAAAAUUAUACCUUCAGAAAUUCAGAGAGGCUAUGAAAGGAGAGAAAGGAAUUGGUGGAGCAGUCACGACUACAGAUGGAUUAAGUGAAGAACUUACAGAGGAGGCAUUUACUAACCAGUUACCAGCUGGCUUAAUAACUGCAGAUGGUCAACAACAAAAUGUUAUGGUUUAUACAACGUCAUAUCAACAGAUUUCUGGUGUUCAACAAAUUCAGUUUUCAUGAUCUGAAGAAAUGAUGGAAUGGGGAGUGGAGAGAAGCAAGUCUGUACGAUUCCGGAACAGAGACAUUAGAAGGAAAUGACUGGGGGAAAAUGUCUCUUUGUAUAUUAAAUAGCUGUAAUGUAGCUUCCUGAUGCUUGACUAAUUGAGGUGUUAAUUCUGACUUGAGAAUCUUUUUCAUGAAUGAUUUUAAAGAAAAAUUUGGAUUUUAAAGGUAUUAAAAUAUUUUUGUUUUGUACGAGAGUUUGUCGCUCUGUAUGACUCCUGUAUGCGUUGUAUAUUGCAAUUUAUUACUGUCAGAUUUGUAGACAGUUUCUUAUUUUCAUAUUGAAUCAUGUUACUUUUGUAAUUCAAGUAAGCAGCUGGGUUAAUUCAUGAUGUUUGCCCUUUUAAUAAAAUAUAAGGGUAGAGUUCAUUUUGAAUGCAAGUUGCCUUUAUUAUAAAUUUGAGUUUGUCUUGGUUAUAUAAUAUCUUGCAUGGUAACCUAGCUAGAUUUUUAGCAUUUGCCAUAUUUAUUAAAAUUAAUUUUUUGUAAAACAUUCAUAGCUUAAGCAGCACCAUUUUUUAAAAAAUGUAAUUGAAAAAAGUUAAGUGUGAAUGCAGAAGCAAAUAUUGUCUGCCCUAUUAAACGUGGUGCCCUUUAACAGUGUUCACACUGUUCGUUGUGCCUGUCUAGAUAGUUUUAGUUUAUUGGAGCUUUUGUUAGGACUAGGUUUGGUUUUGAGCUACAUUAUGAUGAAUGUUGGAAUUCAUUUCAGUUUAGUGUGGUCCUAGUGCUCUCGAAAAGGUGCCCCUUUCAUUUUUAUAUGAUUUUUCCAAAGCAUAUCUUCAAAUACUAGAGUAUCCUCUUCCAGAAGAGGAAUUUUAUAGUCUGAUGGCAAAUGUCCUCAUUUUACCUUUUUAAUUGAAAUGUCAAGUUUCACUCUGUUACACUCUGGGAACCAGGAAGCGUCAGACACCCUCACGUGUACCCAGACCUCUUCCUGCAUGGGUGCGUGAAUGUGGUGAAGAAGAGUGAAUGCGGCGGGCGGACGGACGGACGGACGCUGUGAAACAGAAGCCCCAGCUCCAGGUGCGCCUCCGUCUCGAUCUUUGCAAUAAACUGAACGUAGUUUAACUUUGUAUAAUUUAGUCCUAUGUGCUCAAGCUGUACCUUUUUUAGAGUGAGGAUUUGUAUUUUCUCCUUUUUGUUGGUAACUGAACUGUGGCUUCGUCUUGUUUACUAUCAACAACUGCUACUGUAUAGUUUGUCUAAGAGGCAGUGUGAAUGUCAACUCGGAGGGCCACUCACAGUGAUAAGCGCACAGCGGUCUCACAGGCACAGGCUGGACCACAGGCGGAACAGAAACAGUGACUUGGCCAGGAGGCUUGGGGGGCACAUCUGGACUGACCCGAGGUCAACAAUUCCCUCACUACCCUCCCAUUUAAAAAAUAAUCUUCAUUACAGAAAAUUCAAAUAGGCAAAAAAAAAAAA